AUGUCUGCCAGAGGUGUGGUUGAUGAAAUCACCCUCGUGGCCCCUCCGGCCAAUUGUCAAUUUCUCAAAUUUCCCAGAUCUGACGGAAAGGCUUAUAUUCGACCGUCGCCACGCGAUGGACCUGCAAGAAACGCCGACGGUCGCCUCAACUACUUCCGCGCUCUCCCGCUCGAUGAGAAGACGUCGAUGACCUGGAGGCUAAAGGUUGGUCAAAAGGUGGCAGAGAUGAUGGGGAAGAAAAAUCCAGGCUCUUACUGUCUUGCAAGCUGGCCAGAUGGAUACGAGUUUUUUAUUCAUAUUACGAGUAAGACUGAUGGGACUAUGCGUGGAGAUCCCUACCUCUACGGUUCGCCGCAUACAGCCAAGUUUCGCUCCACAAAUGAAUUUAUCCCUCACGCCUACUGGCUCAUGACCACGUCAACACUUGACAAAACCGAGUGCCAUUGCAAAUAUUGCGGCGGCAUCAAGCUUCAGUCCAAUGUCAACAGCUCCCUCUUUGGCAGUCCAGUUCGUAUGACCACACAAUCCAAGCCGCCGACGGCCAAGUCGCAAGAUUCGAAGACGAAAAAGUCGACAGGCAGCUCGUUGGUACCAGCCAAGCCACGCACUGAAACCAGAAUUCGUGCACCGAAGUGGCAAUAUCCUCUGCCCGCUAAUCGAGAAGAAGAACAGUACACCAUAAGAAAUCGAUACGUUGAGCUGCAUGAAGGACGGCUGGCCCGAGACGGUGAACUAGUUUGGAUUCGACUGUCCACCCCAAUUCGACACGAUUCCGGAGUUGAAAUUGAAUACUGGCCAGCGUUUGUAAACGACGUCCAGUUUCGAAAGGAGGUCUUCCAUGACCGAGAUGGCCUAUCGUUCGACGUAAAGGAAACGCUUGAUAUUGUCACAAGGCCCCUCAUAGCAGGUAGAGCCAUUGUCAAGGUUCAAGAGCUCGACAUUGUCCCCUUUAGAGCGUGGAACAUUGACAAGUCACUGACCGAUGCCCUCACUCGCAUACCACUCCCAUCCGACUUUGGAACAACCUCGUCACCCACCGUUUUCGAUAUCACCGACACUACUGGAAGGCUUCUUCCCGGUCUAACGUUUGAAUCGGCUGCUCCAUACUUUGCACUCGCAGUACAGACGUCUGCGCAUAUGGACACGUACUGGUCACCCAUGUACAGUAUUGAACCAUCAUCCCCGCGCUCAAAAAGUUAUCAAGGCCUCUGGCUAGGGGCCGAGCGCAUCUGGUUGCACGAUCUCGUCCGACUACGCCUCACACACAGCGAACUCGUCACGCACCCCAAACUCCAUGACCAAAUCUUUUACCCAACUGAGGGAUCAGAGACACGUGCACUAUUCAUGCGUAUCAACGAUAUUCACGUCGAAGAGGCUCCGGUGCGAGAGACUGUCCGUCUAAUUUGCCGCAUAACUGGACCCAUUCUAUGCACCGUCCCAGACCCAAAAUUUGUGCAUACCGACGAAAGGUUUCUCACCUCGAGCGCAUCCAACGCAUUCCCCGGAAUCGACAAUGGGCGGCACUUUCCGCUUCCACUCCCACCACUUGGGUUCAAGUACCACCCAGUUACGGUGACGACAGAGGAAGUGACGGUGGAUGCCCAAAUGAUUGCUGGUCGUUAUUAUCCACUGCUCAUGCUUAGCCACGGGCUGGACAUGCUAAAAAUUCGCGAAAAGGUCGACUGGUUCCAAGGCGUCGCUGCCAUGGCUGGUCUUGCCGCUGGACAUUACUCUGUCAGUAAUGCCCAAUAUACUGUGCAUACGCGAAGAGAGGCGGCAAUUAUGAGUCAAGAGGCGGCCCAAGAAGAGCUCAUCACAGAGUGGAAGCGCCUCGAGAAGGAACGAAAUCGGCCACGGACACAAUCAAAUGAAAUUUGGAUACGCUAG